ACCUCAUAGAAUCACGUAUCCCUAGUCACAAGACAAUGAACCUCAUGGACUUCAUGCGCUAUCUCCUUGUUCGGUGCGCUGAUUGGGAUCGUCGCAAGGAAUUCUACUCCCACCCUGCCCACACGCGAUGGAAAUGGCACUCCUUCAUCAAUCGGCAGUGAAGCGAAUCAGACCUCAUAUCCAACAUGCGCAACAAGUUUGGGAACUUUACCGUUGUGAUGGGUGAUUGGAGCGACGCUGGUCGAACUGCGAGAUUUCAGACCUCAUCAAAGACAAAAGGCUGGCGCACCCUCUUUAAGCGGAACAGGAUCAACUGCUUCCUUCUCGACGAGUACAAGACCUCAUCUGUCUGCCCUCACUGUUCCUCUGGCGUUGAAAAAGGCUUCAAAACACGACCUCAUUCAAGACCUUGGCGCCGUCGCGAAGGCAAGAUUGAAAAAGUCCACGGAUUGCUGGGUUGUACCAACCCUAACUGUUUACAGCAAUCCUGGACGAUGCGCUACUGGAACAGGGACACGCUGAGCACCUGCAACAUGCUGAUGAUUGUGCAAUCAAUGUUGGAUGGGCACUGUAGACCAGAAGUGUUCAGCAGGAGUGUUCCAGCCGUAGCUUAGAUUGGUUAGAUUAGGUUUUCCGAGCCGGUUGUCGCGCGGUUCAAUCCCUGGUGCGG